AUGGCGAAGGAGAUGAUGAGAGAACCUUCGAUGUUGAGUAUAAACGAGUCUAAUUCAUUGGAGUUUGUCUCUAUUCUUGGGCGAGGGGGCUUCGGUUCCAUCUCUCUCAUGAGAGAUUCCAACUUCCGAUUACACGCAGAGAAAUCAUCUCCGCUCGAUCACUUGAUGAAUCUCGAGAAAGAGCUGAGGAUCAUGCAACGUUUCCAUAACCAUCCUCGCAUCGUCCAAGCAUCAAGUCCUCAUCUUCACAUAGGGCUCAACCCCGGAAGAGGCUCCAUCUUCAUGGAGUUUGCAUCCAAAGGUACUCUCCACAACAUGAUCUCUCAGUUCCGUGGAAGACCAAUGCCUGAAAAUAUGGUCGGACACGUCGCUCUUAUGAUCCUACAAGGACUCGAGGCUCUUCACUCACAAGGUUACGUUCACUGCGAUCUCAAGCCAGCAAACGUUCUCGUCUUUCCUUCCAAGACUAUUGGAGAACGGUGGGAUCUCAAGCUUGCUGAUUUUGGUUUAUCCAAGGAGCCAUGUACGGAUUCUAGGUCUUUGUUUGGUGGUACGCAUGAGUACAUGCCUCCGGAGUCUUUUGGACCAAACAGAGUUAUCGGACCAGCAGUUGAUAUAUAUUCUCUAGGUUGUGUGGUUCUUGAGAUGUUUGGAGCUUGUCCAUUGAAGAUGGGAAAUUACUACACGUGGAGGCUUCCUAAACUCGUGUCUCCGCUGGCCACCGACUUCUUGAGGCGGUGCUUGGAUCUGCAGCCGUCACGUAGAGCCACCGCGACGGAGCUAUUGAGGCACCCUUUUGUUACGCAAAGAGUGAUCAAUGUUUCGCCUAGGGCACAGGUGCUUCCGUAUCCUUGUUUCCAAAGGUUUCCUUGUGUCGUAAGGAACAAUGCGAUUGAAGAAUAUUGUAGAAGGCGAGGAGAACCGGUGAUGAUGCAUUGA